GCUUUGUUUGGGAGGCUGCUGUAACCAAUCAGAGGACUGCUCAGAAACGUGACUUCAGUUCUAACCAAUCGGUGCGUGCAGGGGGUGGAGCUUGGCUGCCUAAACCACGGAAAGCGGGUGUGGUUUGAGAAGCUGUCGUCGUUGUUGUUGUUGUCGUUGUCGUGUGGCUGAAAGUUCAGGCCAGUGGCGUAGCUGCAGCUCGACCCGCGCCCGGAUCCAGACUCCAGAACCCGGCGGUGCUGCAGGAAAAAGUCGUUCAACUACGCCUGCGCGUCUCCUGUCGCUCGACGGGCCGUUUCAAUGCAUCGCAGAGAGCCGUUAUCACAGCGGAGAUGGACGCCAGUGACCUGUUCUCGAGCUGCAGGAAGGGAGACGUUGCCAGAGUGAGGUACCUGGUUGAACAGAGAGAUGUGGAACUGAACAUAAGAGAUAACUGGGACAGUACGCCUCUGUACUAUGCAUGCCUCUGUGGACAUGAGGAGUUGGUGCAGUAUUUGUUGGCCAAUGGAGCGAAGUGUGAAGCCAACACGUUCGAUGGCGAGCGAUGUCUAUAUGGCGCUCUGAGCGACUCAAUACGCCGCCUGCUCAAAGAGUACAAGCGCAUCACAGCUAAAACCAUGCAGCGCGAUUACUAUGAGCAGUUCCUGCAGACGUUACUGGAGCAGGGAUCAUACAGCGACGUGACGUUCAUGGUGCACGGUGAGAUGUUCCGCACGCACCGCUGCAUCCUCAGCGCCCGCUGCGAAUACUUUGCCCACAUGCUGGAAACCAAGUGGAGGGGCAAGACCAUGAUCGCUCUCAAACAUCCCCUGGUGAACCCGGCUGCGUUCGCCGCCAUCCUGCAGUACUUCUAUACCGGUCGGCUGGACAUCGACGUGAGUUACGUGGAGGACUGCAAGCGUCUGGCCAAGCAGUGCAAAAUCAGCGAGCUCAUCGAGGAGCUGGAGGUCAAGUGCAAGCAGGUGCAGGAGUUCGUUUUCAACAAGCCCGGGACGUGCGUGAAGGUGCUCACUCUGGAUCCUCACGACUGGCAGCUGCAGGACGGCAUGGCUCUGCUGGCUGACGGAGCUCUACCCUCUGAUCUCAGGGUCGGAUACGGGCAGCUCCCUUUCGAUUUGACUGACAGGUUUCCGAGCUACCCAGACAUCUGCUUUCGGGUGGAUGGUUACGACUUCCUGUGUCAUAAGGCGUUUUUCUGUGGUCGUAGCGAUUACUUCAAGGCGUUAGUUGAAGAUCAUUUCAGUGAGGGAGAAACCCUGCAGUCUUUCCCUGAAGUUCCUGUCAUCACACUACAUGAUCUAUCUCAUGAGCUGUUCACUAAAAUCCUCUACUACAUCUACAGCGAUAACACACAGCUGUCCCACGAUAGCGUGUACGAGGUGCUGUGUGUAGCCGACAUGUACCUGCUCCCGGGUCUGAAGCGUCUGUGCGGCCGAACCCUGGCCGCGCUUCUCAACGAGGAAAACGUCCUGCACAUGUGGAAGACGGCCAAACUCUUCUCCCUGUCACGCCUCGAGGACCAAUGCACCGAGUACAUGGCCAAGAUCAUCGAGCGGCUGGUGGAAAGGACGGAGUUCGCCGAGCUCAUCCGGGAGGACGCGGCGAGCGUGGCGGCGCGCCAGGAGACCGACUCCAUCCCGCUGGUGGACGACAUCCGCUACCACAUCAGCAGCAGCGUUCAGACCUACAGCGCCAUCGAGGAGGCCAACCAGAAAGUGCACGCCCUCGAGCUCCUGCUCAACUACAUCGGCCUGGACUGCUGAACAGGCUUCCGCAUGCACUUGCACGACGUUGGGGCUUCAUUUAUCUUGAAAUAAAUUGCGUUCAGUUUUUUAGAAUGACACGCUUUAGGAUAUCUGACGAGCACGCCGAGUGACCUUUAUAUAUAUAAAGAAAAAAAAGUUU